AAUUACAGCUGCAUAUGAUGGGCCAGUCAGCGGACAAGAGAUUGGAGCAGACUUAAAACGACGCGACGAGAGGUCUUGACAAGUUUUGCGCGGCCCAGCUCCCUGAUGUUACCAAUUCUUCUAACUUCGUUAGCGUUUCUUUCUGUUUCCGUAAAAUCCCAAAUCACUAUUGUUGUCAAUGGGACGGCAAGCCAUCCUAUUCCAUCUACACUAUGGGGCCAAAUGUUUGAGGAUAUAAGUCAUAGCGGAGAUGGAGGCUUGUAUGCCGAGUUGCUGCAAAACCGAGCUUUCCAAAUGGUCGAUACAACUGACCAAACAACAGCCCUCAACGCAUGGCAUUCGGUGAACGGCGCACAACUCACGGUCAUCGAAGAAACCGUUCCAGUUUCUUCCGCUCUUCCAAAUGCAUUGAGUGUGGUGAUACCGAGUGGCUCCUCAGGCCAAGUAGGGGUAGGCAAUGAAGGUUACUUUGGUAUCAAAGUGAAUUCGAGCGACACAUACAAUGCAUCCUUUUUCUACCGUUUCCCCGUAGCCUCAUCUUUCAACGGAACUGCGACAGUUGGUCUUCAAACUUCUACUGGAGAAUUCUUAGGUGGUAUAAACGUGACACUCAGCGGAUCACAAACUAGUUGGUUGCAAGUCAAUACCACGAUCCAGCCUACUAUCACCCCAGAUUCACUAACAAACAAUUUUACUGUGACUGUGGAUGGCGCAGAGUUGGCGGGCCAGACCAUUAAUUUCGCAAUGUUCUCCUUAUUCCCGCCCACCUUUAAGAAUAGACCGAACGGUAUGAGAAUCGACAUUGCUGAGACCUUAAGUGCGAUGGCACCCUCGUUCUUCAGGCUUCCUGGAGGAAAUAAUCUGGAGGGUCAAACAGUCGCUACGCGAUGGCAAUGGAACAACACCGUCGGUCCUCUUGUUGAUAGGCCAGGGCGUGUUGGAGACUGGGGAUAUGUCAACACAGACGGCCUAGGAAUUUUUGAGUAUCUUACAUGGUGUGAAGACCUGAAUAUGCAAGCCAUCAUGGCUGUUUGGUCUGGCUUUGCUCUUGGCGGAACGAGUAUAGCUGAAGAUGAUCUGGGCCCGUACAUACAACAGGCUAUAGACCAGAUUAACUUCGCGGUCGGAGAUCCUGCUGAAAGCGACGCUGCUGCCUUGAGAGCGUCCCUAGGCCAUCCGGAUCCUUUCCCAGUGGUCCACGUAGAGAUAGGCAACGAGGACUUCUUUGCAGCCGACACCUACACAUAUCGCUGGAACCAAUAUAUCACUGCACUCCAAGCGACAUUCCCUAACCUUUCAUUUUUGGCUACUUCAGAUACAUUCAACCCAAUUCUGAUUCCAAACCCAGCUGAAUGGGACAUACACGUCUACCAAACACCAUCGUGGUUUGCGGAAAACUCAUUCAUUUAUGAUGGUUUCGAGCGUAAUGGGACACACUACUUCGAAGGCGAAUACGCAGCGAUUUCUACAAAUUCCAAUGAUCUUUUUGGAACUCCGGCUGACGGUCGUUUAACGUUCCCAACAAUGGAAAGUUCGACCGGAGAGGCCGCUUUCAUGACUGGACUGGAACGUAACAGCGACAUUGUAUUCGCAGCUUCUUACGCACCUCUCCUGAACCAUGUUGUAAACUCCCAGUGGACUCCAAAUCUAGUUAGCUUCGAUUCAGGGAAUGUAUAUCCGUCCACGAGCUACUAUGUACAGCAGCUAUUCAGCCUUAACAGAGGCGACGAGUACCUGCCUAGUACUCUUCCAGAUGCCGACGGGACUACGUUCUGGAGUGUAGUAAGAAAAACGUCGGUCGUUCCCAAUGAGAUCAUCAUCAAGGUCGUGAAUACAGUGGGCGCUGCAUCGAAUGUUACCUUCCAGCUGCCCUUCUCCAUAGAAGAUACAGCGACAGUCCAACUAUUAACUGGGGCCGAAACAGAUAGCAAUACUCCAACCGCCCCGAGCAUGGUCACUCCCCAGCAUAGUAGCCUCGUUGUGGGCGAGACGUUUGCGUAUACUGCGCCUGGCUUCAGUGUUAGUAUUCUGACAUUAAUUACUUCUGCAUGAUACGUAUGUAUGUAUCAGUAAAAUGAAAUUUCGAUGAUGUUUUCAC